GUCUUUCUCUGUCCUCUGUAGAAGAAACAGUUUGUGUGAAGGCUGUAAGGCUUGGAGAGGUUUUGGCUAUUUUGACGACUAGAAGGUGGGCCAUAUGAGUGUGACUGAAGUUUAGUGGAAGACAUAUGGUGUGGAAUGACCCGGUAGAAGGACUACAUCACAGCAAGCUCGUUUGAUAUAGUCAUUGUUGGUGGCGGAAUUGUGGGGCUUGCCUCUGCCAGAGCACUCAUCCUGCGACAUCCAUCACUUUCUAUUGGUGUUCUGGAAAAGGAGAAAGAUUUAGCUGUUCACCAGACUGGACAUAACAGUGGUGUCAUACAUAGUGGAAUUUAUUAUAAACCUGAGUCUCUGAAAGCCAAAUUAUGUGUACAAGGUGCAGCCCUCCUCUAUGAGUACUGUCAGCAAAAGGGAAUUUCCUACAAGCAGUGUGGCAAGCUUAUAGUAGCUGUUGAACAAGAAGAAAUUCCCAGACUUCAAGCCCUAUAUGAGAAAGGCCUCCAGAAUGGUGUCCAGGGCCUGAGGCUGAUCCAGCAGGAGGAUAUAAAAAAGAAGGAGCCAUAUUGUAGGGGUCUAAUGGCUAUUGAUUGUCCACAUACUGGCAUUGUGGACUAUCGGCAGGUGGCUUUGUCAUUUGCCCAGGAUUUCCAAGAAGCAGGUGGCUCUGUCUUGACCAAUUUUGAAGUAAAAGAUAUUGAAAUGGCUAAAGAAAGUCCUUCAAGAAGUAUAGAUGGAAUGCAAUAUCCAAUUGUUAUAAAGAAUACAAAGGGAGAGGAAAUUCGAUGUCAGUAUGUUGUGACAUGUGCAGGACUUUACUCAGACCGUAUUUCAGAGUUGAGUGGCUGCACUCCUGAUCCUCGAAUUGUACCAUUCCGGGGAGAUUACCUGCUUUUGAAGCCAGAAAAAUGUUAUCUUGUAAAAGGAAAUAUUUAUCCGGUCCCAGAUAGCCGGUUUCCUUUCCUAGGAGUUCACUUCACACCAAGGAUGGAUGGCAGUAUUUGGCUAGGGCCUAAUGCAGUUCUUGCCUUUAAACGAGAGGGUUACAGACCCUUUGACUUCAGUGCCACAGAUGUUAUGGAUAUAAUUAUCAAUAGUGGCUUGAUUAAACUGGCAUCCCAGCAUUUUUCCUAUGGAGUUACUGAAAUGUAUAAAGCGUGUUUUCUUGGUGCAACAGUGAAGUAUCUUCAAAAAUUCAUCCCUGAAAUUACUAUCAGUGAUAUACUUAGGGGCCCAGCUGGAGUAAGAGCCCAGGCCCUGGAUAGAGAUGGAAAUCUGGUAGAAGAUUUUGUAUUUGAUGCAGGAGUUGGGGAUAUUGGAAAUCACAUUCUUCAUGUGAGAAAUGCACCUUCUCCUGCUGCUACUUCUUCCAUUGCAAUUUCUGGAAUGAUUGCAGAUGAAGUACAACAAAGAUUUGAAUUAUAAAUAAUGAAAGGAGCUAGGUAUGCACUGUAAUCUUCAUGUCAGCAACAAGAGUGUACUAAUUGCAUUCUUUAAUUUAAAAAAUGGUUUUUAAACUUUCGUUUUUAGGUCAAAGAUAACCACUGCAUUGUUAAAAUGAUGUAACAUAGAAAUAAUAAUUUUCUACAAAAAUUAGCCAGGCAUGGUGGCGCAUGCCUGUGAUCUCAGCUACUCAGGAGGCUGAGGCAGGAGAAUCAAUUGAACUGAGCAGGCGGAGGUGAGCUGAGAGCUGAGAUUGCACCACUGCACUCCAGCCUGGGUGACAGAGCAAGAAAAAAAAAUAAUAAUAAUUUUCAAGAUGUUAGGCUGGGGGCCGUGGCCAGCACUUUGGGAAGCCAAGGCAGGUAGAUUGUAGCCCAGGAGUUUGAGAACAGCCUGGGCAACAUGGCAAAACCCUGUUUCUACACAAAGUUAGCUGGGUCUGGUGCCUCUGUAGUUCCAGCUCCUCAGUAGGCUGAGGUGAGAGGAUCACUUGAGCCCAGGAGGUCUAGGCUGCAGUGAGCUUAUGUUCAUGACACUGCAUUCCAGGCUGGAUGAUAGAGCAAGAUCUUGUCUCAAAAAAAAAAAAAAAAAAAAAAAAUGCAGCCUGGGCAACAUAGUGAAUGAAACCCCAUCUCUACAAAAAAUACAAAAAUUAGCUGGGCAUGAUGGUGUGUGCCUGUAGUCCCAGCUACUUGGGGGCUGAGGCAGGAGGAUCGCUUGAGCCCGGGAGGUCAAGGCUACAGUGAGCUGUGUUCAUGCCACUAUACCCCAGCCUGGGCAACAAAGUGAGUCCCUGACUCAAAAAAUAAAAACAACAACAAAAAAUAAAUUCCAUGCUUAUUUACUUUGCGAAUAAAGAGGCAAGGUACAGUUUUAUCUGUCCGAAUCCCUGACUUUUUUUUUUUUUUUUUUUCAGACGGAGUUUCACUCUUGUUGCCCAGGCUUGAGUGCAAUGGUGCGAUCUUGGCUCACUGCAACCUCUGCCUCCCAGGUUCCAGCGAUUCUCUUGCCUCAACCUCCUGAGUAGCUGGGAUUACAGGCUGGGAUUACAGCCAUGCCUGGCUAAUUUUUUGUAUUUUUAGUAGAGACGGGGUUUUGCCAUGUUGGCCAGGCUGGUCUCGAAUUCCUGACCUCAGGUGAUCCACCUGCCUCAGCCUCCCAAAAUGCUGGGAUUACAGGUGCGAGCCACCAUGCUCAGCCCUGAAUCCCUGACUUUGUUAAUGACCUGUCCUUACCAACCAUGACCUAGAGAAGAUUUGGCUUUUUAAGAGUUUUGGAGAAAGAUGGCAUAAAAAUGGAUUAUUUCCUUAAAUCAGUUUUUUAGCAUUACGCUACCUAAGCUUGUUUGGUCUCUCAUAGACAAGAAAAUACAUUAUAUUGUAGGUUACAUUCUUUUAAUUUUGAAGAGUCACAAAACUCACAUUAUUUAGAGCAACAAUAUUUGUAUUUGGAAAUUAAAAAUUCAUGAUUUCAAGAAAAUACAUAAAAUUUACAUUUUUGAGUAGUUUGAAUAAGUUUCUAUCUUAAUUAUAAUAUUUGUAGGAAAUAACAAAACAAACUCAAAGCCUUUAUUAUUUCCAGUCUCUUUGUAACUGAUGUGGUAUGGUAUCAUCAUGAAAUCUAAACAGUGUUACACUGA